AUGGACUACUCGCAGCAUUUCUAUGGCAGUGGCGGCGGUCAGCCAUACCAGUUUCUCGGCAUCCCACCCCCAACACCUUCACACUCGCAUUCGGUAGCUUCGGACGAGUUUAACCAGCAAUCUCCCGCGGAAGUCUACGAUCAAUUUCAAAACUUUGAAAACUAUCCGCAAUUUGCCAACAAUCGCGCGCACCCGCACGCAUUCCAAGCAAGACAAACCCCGCCUACGCCGCCAGCCCAGCAACACCUGAACACGCGGAACCACAGGAGCUCACAGAGCGAUGCCGUGUCAGCAGCCAAGCCUGAGCCUGCCCAAGAUGCCCAGGCAGCCGGGUCAAAUUCAGAUGACGAGGACAUGACGCCCGCCCAGUCCCGUCGCAAGGCGCAAAACCGUGCAGCCCAGCGCGCCUUUCGAGAACGCAAAGAACGCCAUGUCAAGGAGCUCGAAGCAAAGGUUGCUGCGCUCGAAGCCGCGCAACAGCAGACCUCGACUGAAAACGAUCAGCUCAAGCGCGAUCUGCAGAAAAUGAGCACCGAAAACGAAGUCUUGCGCGCGACAUCUAAUAUGAGCCAGAAUGGGUCAAUGAGCCCAGCAAGCAACCCUCCAACAACGACAGGCCCUAUGCGCUUCAACCCGACAGACUUUUACUCUGAUCUGCUGGCAAAUCACACCAACAAGACACCAAGUCAUCGCAUCGUCGAGUCAGAAAACGGCGAGCGACUCCUUGCGGCCGGAGCAACCUGGGACCUGAUUGUCAAUCAUCCGGCGUUCAAAAAGGGCCUCGUCGAUGUUGGUGAUGUAAGUGAACGGCUCAAAUCAAAAGCCAGAUGUGAUGGACAAGGGCCUGUCUUUGAGGAAUCGGCGGUUCUUAAAGCCAUUGAAGAGAGCGUGGCCAGUGGUAGCGACGAGCUAUUGUAA